AUGGCAUUCACUGAAAAGUCCGUUCAUGAGUUGUGGCAUAGUCUCAAGGAGAUCACUAACGAUGAUGUGGAACUUUUCCACGACAAGAUCUCUACUUUCGAACUAAAGGACAACGAUUCAAGCGACGAUGUUAUCAGGGAAAAAUUCCUAAAGCCUUCAAACGUACUGCCCUGGUCUUUACUAGAUACUGUACAGAGUGUCCCUCAGGGAAAAUCAUUCGAGAGUUAUGAUUACAAGGGACUACUCAGAAUUCCAGAGCCUAUUGGUAGAACUUCCUAUCAUUCAAAGCGUAGAGGGCUCGAGGGACGUAUCUGCGGUUACAAGGAGGAAGUAAAUUUAAAGGAAGUUACAAAUGCAAAUGCUGCCAAUUCUCUGUCGUUGGGCAGAAGUAUAAAUACUCAUGGUAACGCAAUAAAGGGUUCCACUUCGCAACUGCCGUUUGCACCAGGUGGGAUUACAAUGAAUGCGAUCCACGAUUCUGCGCAAGGUGUUUCUUCGAUGGAAAAAGUUACUAGAUUAUUGCAUAAGGAUCAGCAAGGUUUGUUUGAUGUUCCAAACGGAUUGGAAAGGGGCAUCAGACCAGAGAGUACCCGUGUCAAUGAAGAGCCAGUUGAUCAGGUCACUGAGUUGAACCAAGUCGAUAACGAACUUGAGAUCGAAAACGAAUUGGAAGAUGAAAAACUGAAACAAGAAAGAGAGACGGAUUCCAGAACCACAGCAGCUAUCUUUGGUGCGAACCAGGAGACUGGUACUGAUAUUGAUGAUCUAUUGCCCAUGGGAAUCGAUUUUGCAAGAAAUGUUGUCACUGCACAAAAAAAUUUGGAUCGGAAAGAAUGGGCUCAUGUCGUUGAUUUGAACCAUAAAAUUGACAACUUUGAUGAGCUGAUCCCCAACCCUGCUAGAACAUGGCCUUUUGAAUUGGAUACUUUCCAAAAGGAGGCGGUAUAUCACUUAGAACAAGGUGAUUCGGUAUUUGUUGCUGCACACACAUCCGCUGGUAAAACAGUAGUGGCAGAAUAUGCAAUUGCGAUGUCCAAGAGAAAUAUGACAAAGACAAUCUAUACAUCGCCCAUUAAAGCUCUCUCAAAUCAAAAAUUUAGAGAUUUUAAAGAAACCUUCGAGGAUGUUGGUGUCGGUUUAAUCACCGGUGAUGUCCAGAUCAAUCCAGAGGCUAACUGUUUGAUCAUGACUACGGAAAUCUUGAGAUCAAUGCUUUACAGAGGUGCAGAUCUGAUCAGAGACGUGGAAUUUGUUAUCUUCGAUGAAGUGCAUUACGUUAAUGACCAGGAUCGUGGUGUGGUCUGGGAAGAAGUUAUUAUCAUGUUACCUCAACAUGUAAAAUUCAUCCUGCUAUCUGCCACAGUUCCUAAUACUUAUGAAUUUGCGAACUGGAUUGGUAGAACUAAGCAAAAGAAUAUCUAUGUCAUCUCUACUCCAAAGAGACCAGUUCCUUUAGAGAUUAACAUUUGGGCAAAGAAUCAAUUGAUUCCCGUUAUAAGUUCUAAUAAAGAGUUUUUGGAUUCAAAUUUCAAGAAGCAUAAGGAUUUACUGGCUGGUGCUCCACCAAAAGAUGACACAAAGGACGCCAAGUCAGGAAGGGGUGGCGGCCGCGGUGGUCAGCGCGGUGGUCUACGUGGUGGCCCCCGUGGAGGUCAGCGAGGCGGCCGUGGUGGCUCUAGAGGUGCGGGGGCCAUAGGGUCAAACAAGAGUCAGUUUUACAAGAGGGGCGGACCUUCCAAGAAGACUUGGCCAGAUAUUGUCAAUUAUCUAAAAUCCAAGGAUUUAUUACCGGCAGUGGUAUUCGUGUUCAGUAAGAAGCGUUGCGAGGAAUAUGCUGACUGGCUUGAAGGUGUCAAUUUCUGUAAUGGUAAGGAAAAAUCUCAGAUUUUCAUGUUCAUCGAGAAAUCAGUGACAAGACUAAAGAAGGAAGAUCGUGAACUGCCUCAAAUUCUUAAGAUCAGAUCGCUUUUAGAAAGAGGUAUCGCGGUUCAUCAUGGUGGUUUAUUGCCCAUCGUAAAAGAAUUGAUCGAGAUGCUUUUCGCUAAGGGUUUGAUCAGAGUUCUAUUUGCAACGGAAACAUUUGCAAUGGGUCUAAACUUGCCAACAAGAACUGUUAUCUUCAGUGAAAUUCAAAAACAUGAUGGUACAGGUCUGAGAAAUUUGGCUCCUGGUGAGUUCACACAAAUGGCUGGUAGAGCUGGUAGAAGAGGUUUGGAUAAGAUGGGUUUGGUCAUUGUUAUGGCAUACAACGAGCCAAUACAGUCGGCUUCAUUUAAGGAGGUGACAAUGGGUGUACCUACCAAGCUGCAAUCACAAUUCAGACUGACAUACAAUAUGAUCUUGAAUCUAUUGAGAAUUGAAGCUUUGAAAGUUGAAGAGAUGAUCAAAUAUUCCUUUAGCGAAAACUCCAAACAAACAUUGUUACCAGAACAGGAGAGAAAGAUAAAUGAACUGGAAGAGAAAAUGGAAGAGCUUCAAUUGUACGAUAAGUCAGGAUCCAACGUUGAUAUGGAUAAAUUCUUAGACGCCGUGGUCAGAUUUAGAAAAGCAACUUCCCAGAUGAUGGAGGAGCUAGCUAAGACUGAUGCGAUCUUUCAUGCAUUGAAGGUAGGAAGACUAAUUGUUUUCAGAGAUGCCGAUGAUAAUGCCAGAUUAGGUUUUGUUUUCCGUACGAACAUGAAGGACAAUUCAGCGGUGGUAAUGACUUUUACGCAACCCAACACACUAAGCUCUGGUGAAUCCAAUCAUUUGCCAUAUAUAGCAGGAUUGGCAAAAUACACGGUCAGUAACUUCAAGAGAUUUGAAGGUACCAAGUAUUUUAUGCAAGAAGUUCCUUUGACAUCGAUUGAGCUCAUCACGGCUUAUACGCUGAAAAUCUCAUUCACUGACAUUAUGAAGAAAGAUGAUGAAUCCGUCAAGAAAUUCGAGGAUGAGGUUAAAAUCAUCCUUAAGAUUUCUCAGAGGUUGAAGGAGAGUUUGGCAGAGAAAAAGGGAAGUCUCAAAGUUCAUCAACAAAUUUUGGAAAGAAAUAAUAUCAAAAAUGAAAUUCUAUCUUGCCAGGUAAUAAACUCUCCAGAUUUGGCAGAAAAGUUUUUGCCCAAAUAUAAAGCUUUCAUGAUUAAAGAUGAGAUCAACAACUUACGCCAUUUGAUGUCAGAUCAAAACUUGAACCUGUUACCUGAUUAUGAGAAGAGGUUAGCCGUUCUUAAGGACGCUGGCUUUAUUGACCAAAAUCACAAUGUGCUUCUGAAAGGUAGAGUUGCGUGCGAGAUUAACUCAGGAUAUGAGCUUGUCCUCACCGAGCUUAUCCUGGACAAUUUUCUCGGUGACUUCGAACCCGAAGAGAUCGUUGCAUUACUGUCGGUCUUCGUGUAUGAGGGACGUACCCGAGAGGAAGAGCCCCCUAUUAUCACUCCAAGGCUGGCUAGAGGGAAGAAGCGUAUCGAGGAGAUUUACACUCAAAUGCUGAAAGUUUAUGAAACUCAUCAAAUUCCAUUGACAAGAGAUGAAGCCGAGUUCUUGGAAAGGAAGAGGUUCGCAUUGAUGAAUGUCGUGUAUGAAUGGGCUCGAGGAUUAUCAUUCAAAGAGAUAAUGGAUAUCAGUCUCGAAGCCGAAGGUACAGUUGUCAGGGUCAUCACAUGGCUUGAUGAAAUCUGUCGUGAAGUCAAGACAGCAUCAAUAAUCAUCGGUAAUUCCAACCUCCACAUGAAAAUGAGCCAGGCACAAGAAUUGAUCAAAAGAGAUAUCGUUUUCGCCGCUUCUUUGUACCUAUAG